CCGGGGCCGCAGCGGUGUCGGCGGGAGACGAGCGCGCUGCGGGCGGGGAGAGGCGCCGCCGCGGGGCCGGUCCGGCUGCGGCUCCCGCCAUGGCCACGUCCCCGUGCAGCAGCAGCGGCGUCUCUUCCUCCUCCUCGUCCGCGGGGCUGGGCGCGGAGGCGGCGCUGGAGAUCCGCACGCGCUCGGUGGAGCAGACGCUGGUCCCGCUGGUGUCGCAGAUAACUACUCUUAUUAACCAUAAGGAUAAACCAAAGCGGUCAGACAAGACGUUGCAAGCAAUUCAGCGGGUGGGUCAAGCAGUUAACCUAGCAGUUGGAAGAUUUGUUACAGUAGGAGAAGCCAUAGCCAAUGAAAAUCGAGAAUUGAAAGAGGAAAUGAGUAUUGCUUGCAUUGAGGCAAAGCGAGCAGGUGAAACAAUUGCACAACUUACAGAUGUAACUAACUUGGAUCAUCCAGAAUCUGAUGGCCGGAUAACAAUUUUUACAGACAAAACGGGAGUAGUAAAAGCUGCAAGAUUGCUGCUUUCUUCAGUGACAAAGGUGCUGGUGCUGGCAGACAGAAUAGUUAUUAAACAAAUUAUAGCUUCCAGAAACAAGGUUCUUGCAACAAUGGAACAGCUAGAGAAAGUGAGUAGUUUUCAAGAGUUUGUGCAAAUAUUCAGUCAGUUUGGAAAUGAAAUGGUGGAGUUCGCCCAUUUAACUGGAGACCGACAAAAUGAUUUAAAGGAUGAAAAGAAAAAAGCUAGAAUGGCAGCAGCUAGGGCUGUCCUUGAGAAGUGCACCAUGAUGCUUCUCACUGCUUCAAAGACAUGUCUGAGGCAUCCUGACUGUGAAUCUGCUCUUUUAAACAAAGAAGGAGUGUUUCACCGAAUGAGAUUAGCUUUGGAGCAAGUAAUAGAGAUCGUAACUGACUCUAGACCCAGUGGAGAGAAUGAAAUGGCCCCCAUAAGUAUAUAUACUAGCAUCAAAGAAUUCAAGAAUAAGGUGGAAGGUCUUCGGGAGAAUCUUUAUUUUCUCUCUAAGGAGAAUCUUUCAACAAUGCUGGAACUCAUUCUGGAACACACAGAAGACUUUACUGAUUCUGCCUACACCAGCCAUGAACACAGAGAACGCAUCUUGGAGCAGUCCAAGCAGGCUAAAAUGGAACUAGAGCAGCUGGUUUCAGUGUGGAUGCAAGCUCAAAGCCAGAAAACAAAGGAUAUCACAGAAGACUUGGAAGUAGCCAUACUAAAAACAUGCCAGUGUAUGAAUGAACUCAAAAGAGAACUUCACCAUGCAGCCACAUCAUUGGCAGCAGACCUGCUAAGAUACCAUGCAGAUCACAUGGUUUUGAAGGCAUUAAAAAUCACAGGAGUAGAAGGAAAUCUAGAAGCUGUAGCAGAAUAUACUUGUAAGCUAUCAGAGCAGAAAGAGCAGCUUGUUGAGACAUGUCGCUUGUUGAGGCAUGUUUCUGGAACAGAGUCACUUGAAAUUACUUGCAUACAUGCAGAAGAUACCUUUCAGGUCACUGGCCCACAGAUAAUUUCUGCUGCAGAAACACUGACAUUACAUCCAUCUAGUAAGAUUGCAAAAGAAAAUCUUGAUGUGUUCUGUGAGGCUUGGGAGUCCCAGCUGAGUGACAUGUCCAUGUUGGUGAGAGAAAUCAAUGAUGUGUUUGAGGGAAGAAGAGGAGAGAAGCGUGCCUACCUAUCACUUCCCAGGCCAGGGAAGCAUAAUGCAAAUCUGAAAGCAUUAAAGCCAGUCAAACUUGAUACUGAGGAACAAGCAAAACUUGGAAAACUUGGAUUAGAACUGCAUUUGCUCACCUCUGAUGUAGACUCUGAGACUGAGAAAUGGGAGGACCAGGAGAAUGAGAUUGUGCACCAUGGACAAAGUAUAUCCAGCAUGGCCCACUCCAUGUACUUAUUUACCAGAGGAGAAGGGCUGCUGAAGACUACCCAGGAUUUAUUUCACCAAGCAGAGGUUUUUGCUACAGAGGGCAUAAAGCUUGCUUCAGUUCUUACUGCCUUUUCUAAUCAGCUAGAAGACGAUGACACACCUUUGCUUUUGUUGGAGAUUGACAAGCUGAUCCCUGUGUGCCAGCAGCUUCAGAUAACAGCUAAAACCACCGUUCAGGGGAAAAAUGCUACGUUUACAAAGGUUGACACAUGCAUUCGGAAAACAAAAGGUGUGAUGACCAUAUUAUCCCAAGUUCUCCCACUCAGUUGCAAGCUACUGAAAAAGUGUGGAACUGGAAAUGGCUGGCUUAAAUCACCUCAUCCAUGGAGAGAGAACAGAUUACAAACAAAUACAAAUGACGACAGUAUGGAAGGGAAAACUGAUGCCUUUGGAAUAAAAUCGUUGGAACAUCAUGUAGCAAAUCUGACAUUUUUAGAGAGCAAAUAGUAGUAGUAUUUAGGAAUGGAAGAAUUUCAUGUGGAAACUACAAACUGGCUCAAGUUUCAAAGUUGCUUUCUUUUGUGAAAGAUAAAGCAGGUUAUUUGAAUUAAAGCUGUUGUGACCUUCUCACAUCUAAUAGAUGUCCUGGUACUUAACAGUAACAGUUGCAUCAUCGGUCAGUUUUUAACUGUUCUGUAUUUUUAUAAUGUGAAUGUGUCUCCUUUGCUCAACAUUAAUGCUGUUAUUUUUGUAACUAACACUUGUGAACAUCUUAAUGGAAGUUUCACCCAAAGAUGCUGCUGAUGGACAUUUAUGCAGAGAAACUGGAUAGUUUGAGGAUAUGUGCUGCAUAUACUACUACUGUGGAAGUUUGUCAGUCUCAUUGUUGGCCAAUAUCCAGAAGAUAAUCUGGAAGGCUCUGGCCUCAAGCACUGAAUGUUGCUGUCUUAACUAUGAGAUACUUCUGCAAUGAACAAAAGCCUCCUGCUGGUUUGCAAUACACAUGCCAAUUUUUUUAGGCUAGUUUGAUUUAAAUAAUUUAAUUUUACUGCUGUCAGUCUGAACUAAUGAUGUGUUCAUCCUCCAGACACAUUUUAUAUUUCCAGUGAAUACUUAAGAAUUCUCUUUGUUUUAGUGAUAAAUAGCUGAUCUUACUGCUGCUUUUGAUUUAUCAUCAAAACUUAGAGUAGGAUUUGAAAUGCAUGUGAAACUACUGAAAUCUUCAUUUAGAAUGUAUGGCAUAUUUAAGUUUCAUAAAGUAGAUUUUUACAGUGCAAGAUUUAGAACGCUUAGAAAAGAUAUUCUGAUAGCAAUUAUGACCAAUUGUUGUACAAAGGGCAUUAUUUGAUUCCAAGCCACUAUACUCUAACCACAAGUGAAAUAUACAUUUAACGUUGGAGAUGCCUGUUUGCUCUUUGUACAGAUGCCAUACCUUAUUUUGUUGGCCUUGUAUAUCAUUAGUCUUUGUUUUAUUGUUUCUUUAAAACGUAGGGUUUUUUUCCUUGUUUUACUACUUUGAGAACAGAGUACUCUAAGGGAUUCAGGUCUUAAGGGUAUUUAAUUCUUGUGGGGCAUCGUCGUCUCACCAGUAGCUCUGUGUGUGUCCUUCGCUGGUAAUAGACAUCACAAUGGGGAUGCUGGCUUUGCAGCACCAAAGAAGAAACAGCUGAAAUCCUCAACACUAGGGAUUGGGGAUUAAUCUUGAUCAGUCAGAAAUGGUUUUCAUUUGUCUAUCUGUGUAAGAUGACUUAGGUGAAACUAAGGUUUUUUGCUUAUGACAUUAAGCACUAGAAAGAUAGUUAUUUUUCUACACUGCACCUGUCAAAAAGAUGCAGAAGACUUAAAUGUUUAAACUGUUUAUUUCUGUAUGAAAUAAAAUGAUGACUGUUUACUGAUCACUUGUUUAAAAAACAACAAACAACUAAUUUCCAGUCCCCUACAUUAAGUCUGUACAAUUUUACAACUCUUUCAUGUUACAACUAUGGGAUAUACUGGAAGUAGAUGAUUACAAGUGUUAUCUAUGCAAUACUUAAUUCUGAAGCUACUCACAGUGUAGUUCAGACAUUUAUGUAUUCAGUUAAAUAUAGAGCUUCAUGAAGUGGAAUUAAAACGUUUCAACAAAA